AUGGCGCAGCGACCGAGCGGAGGUGCGAAUCGCGGCGCGACGCCGCCGUCGGGCGCGCGGCACUCGACGCCGCUGCCGGGCAUGAGCGACACGGCAUCCAUGCUGCGUACACGCCGCGCAAGCGGACUGCGUGCGCCGCAGCAAGACGAGAUCGACGAUUUCGAGGUCGAGACACCCGGCGACGCCGCGCUGCACGAGCUCCCGUCGGGGAUCGUGAUGCCAGGUGUAAAGGGCACGCGGUCCAAGGAGCAGGUGCCCGCCGAGAUCUCGGGAGGGGCGCGUGCGAACAAGACACUCAAGGCGCCGACCGGCGCGCGCGCGGCGUACCCCCGGGCCGCCCCGCCCAAGCUCCCGUCGAAAGGCGGCGGGCAGAGCGCGGCGAGCGGCCCGCUGCGUGUCGCAGGCCCGAGCAAGCCGCCGGCGGGCCCGUCGCUCAAGGGCACGCCCGCGCGUGUGCCGCGCUACUCGCUGCCGGUGCGCGCCGAGAAGCCGGUGAGGACCAGCAAAGUGAGCGGCCGCCAUGUGCUGCUGCCGAGCGAGAGCCAGCUUGCGCCGCUGCCGCAGGAGCCCGGCGAGGAGGAGGACGAGGAUGAGGACGAGGAGGACGACGACGAUGCGCCGACGCGCACGCCCGAGCGUCCUCGCUUUGCGCCUCCCCGGGGCCCGAAGCGAAAAGGGCCGGUGUACUAUGCGUUUGAGCGCAUGCCGCCGCAGCAGCGUGUGUACACCGACCUCCCCCGCCUGACGUCGUAUGCGAUCUCUGCCUCGGUCCAUAUUCCGACGCUGCUGGGUUUCCUGCGCCGCGAGCACGGCGUGCGUCCGCGUCUGUACGAAGAGUGUGCGUACGUCCUCUACUUUAAGCCGCUCUUGCCCGGCUUUGGGCGUGCGACAGUGCGUUCCUCGCGCGAGCCUCGCAGCGGGUCGCCCGGCGCCGAGUCGCGGCACGAGCGUGCGAUUGAGGCGCACGAAGAGAGCGGCUACGUUGGCGGCUACUUUGAGCAGCCCGACGACCAGACCAACUUUGAUCCUGCCGACGGCUACAUCCAAGGCGGCGAGCGCAGCGGCGGUGCACCGGAUGCGCCGCCUGCGCUCGAGGCGCCCGCGCCGACCGAGGAAGUGCGCAUCGACAACCUCCUGACCGAGACGAUGGUCGAAGAGGCGCGUGUCCCGCCGCCGACCGAGGACAACUUUGAUCCGACGAAUGCCGACCGUGCCGGCGCGCGUGACAUGCUGCUGCAAGAGUCGCAGGAGCGCGGCGACGAGCCGCGCGAAGUCGAGGAGCCGAGCCCCGCCAAGCUGCGCAAGCUGCGUAUCAACGAGGCGUCGCACAUGCACAACGGCACGGUGAACGAGCACGCGCCUGCGGCGAUCCGCGACGCGAUGCAGAUGGGCGAGCUGGUGGUGCUGCCGUACGGCGUCGUGGUCAUGUUCAACUUUACCGAGUCGGAGGAAGAGUCGAUUAUCGAGGAUAUCAUGGCGUCCGGCAGCGUGCGCACGCCGCACCGCAUGUACGACCAGGAGCUCUUUCACUUUUGCUACGACCCGAACGUGCAGUCGCCGCGCAUCUACAACGACUUUUUCACGUUCCGCGCGCCGAACCACCUGCUCAAGCUCUCGCUUGCGCACGCCAUCGCGCAGAGCACCAAGCUGUCCGAGUUUGAGGAGAGCAUGCACCGCACGCUCGAGCUCACGAGCCACAUUCCCCGCGAGCUCGCGCAGACCGGAGAGCUGCGUGUGAACCGCCGGGGGGCGCUGCGCAUGUCGGGGCACCUCUUUAAGCUGCGCGUCGACGUGAAUCUCACGUCCGACGUCCUGGACACGCCCGAUCUCUUUUGGAGCGAGGCGAGCCUGCAGGCGCUCUACGACGCGAUCCGCGAGUACCUCGAGAUCGACCAGCGCGCCGAGACACUCAACGAGCGCCUCGCCGUCGCCAACGACCUCCUGGAAAUCAUCCACGAGCACCUCAACAACAACGCUAUGAGCAAGAUCACGUGGAUCAUCAUCGCCUUGAUCGUCGCCGCGUGUAUCGUCGCGGUCGGCGAAAUCUCGGCACGUCUGCUUGUAUCGGCCCGUCAUAGCUCAUAG